AAAUUGGUAACGUGUUAGUAACUUUCACUUUUUGCGUUUCAACGUUGGCUAUGUGGCUGUCAAUUUGUCGCGGGUAAAUUCUCGAUUGUUUGCACUAAAUGUGAUUUUUUUCGAUAUUAUUUUAACUUUAAGCGCCCGUGAUAAUACUGAAAUAGCUCAAUUUUGGUAGCACUGCCAGUCGCGAUAAAUUUUUGUGUGAAAAUCCGCCCUAACCUUAAAUUCGUUGCUUGAAAAAAUGGCAAAAGUACAACUCUGUAAUAUCACAGUAAUGGACAACCCCAGCCCCUUUUCGAACCCUUUUCAAUUUGAAAUCACUUUCGAGUGCAUCGAGGAGCUCAAAGAAGAUCUAGAAUGGAAGAUGAUCUACGUCGGCUCUGCCGAAAGCGAGGAAUACGAUCAAAUCCUCGAUUCGGUGAUGGUCGGCCCCAUUCCUGAGGGUAAACACAUGUUCGUGUUCCAAGCGGACCCCCCUAACGUUGCCCGAAUCCCCGAAAACGAUGCUAUUGGGGUCACUGUGGUCCUCCUUACUUGCUCUUACCGCUCUCAGGAGUUCAUCCGUGUCGGUUAUUUCAUAAAUAACGAAUACACGGAUCAGGAAUUAAGAGAGAACCCCCCGAGCCCCCCACAAUUCGAUAAAGUCGUCCGAAAUAUCCUAGCAUCGGAGCCCCGAGUGACCCGAUUUAAAAUCAACUGGGAGGAGCCAAACACCCAGGAGAAUGGGGCUCAGGCACCCGAGCCCCAGACAGCCCCCGCCGAGGCGGAGCCCCGCGUCGAAAUGCCCGCUUUCAAUGAGAAUUCCAACUCGUGGGCCGCCAUGGAGUGCUCCUAGUUAUUUUUCGUGUAAAUAUUAAGUCUAGGGUAUUUUUGUAUUUAUUAUUCUGCGAAUAAAUUUUGUAUUUGGCAUUUGUGA